AUCGGAUCCCAAAACCAGAAAAACGGAAAAACAGCUUCCAACACCGGAACAUGCCGUACUACUCGAGGCCCGGCGUGGACAAAGUCGACGACUUCGACGAGUUCGAUCCAACACCAUACGGUGGUGGCUACGACAUGUAUUUGCAAUACGGACGCCCUCUGCCACCGUCCGAGGAGACAUGCUACCCUUCCUCCACGCCUUCCGAUGGGGACUUCGACUAUGCUCGCCCCAACUUCUCCUCCUACGCGGAGCCCUCUGCUUACGGUGACGAGGUGCUUCAAAAUGAGUACAGCAGCUAUGCCAGACCCAAGCCCCGACCAGGAGUUGGUGGUGGAUACGGGGGCACGCCUCAACCUGCCUACGGUUCUGAGUCUGAAUAUGGCAGGAGGCCGGAAUAUCAGCAAUCUGGAUCCGAAUAUGGUUCUGGGUACGGUCGGAAACCCGAGUUUGAGGGAAUUGAAUCAGAGUACGGAUCUGGUUAUGGCAGAAAGCCGGAGUAUGAAGGUGGAUCCGGGUAUGGCAAAAAGCCAGGGUCUGAUCGUCCUGGAUCGGAGUAUGGGUCUGGCUAUGGCAGGAAACCGGAGUAUGAGCAGUCGGAAUCUGAAUAUGGAUCUGGCUAUGGCCGGAAGCCCCAGUACGAACAACCAGAAUCGGAAUAUGGGUCUGGCUAUGGCCAGAAGCCAGAAUAUGAGGGAGCUGGAUCUGAAUACGGCUCCGGUUAUGGCCAAAGGACUGAAUACGAGAGGCCCUCAGAGUACGGGUCAGGGUAUGGAGGAAGGAAGGAAUCCGAGUAUGGGUCUAGCUAUGGGGGGAGGAGCGAGUAUGAGAAGCCGAGCUAUGGACGAUCUGAGGAGGAGGAUGAGGAUCCAAAACCGAGCUAUGGGAGGCGCGCUGAUGAGGACUCUGGCUAUGGCGGUGAAGAGAGCUACGGCCGCAAGAAAUAUGGGGAUGACUAUUCUGAUGAUAAUGAGGAGAAGCAUCACCACUAUGCGCACCAUCACCACAGGCGCUAUGAUGACGAGUAAUGAGACUGCAGGUUGCUUUCUAAAUAGAGUUCAUGCCACGUAGUUUCGGUACUAAAUGAAUGGUGGGCGUGUCUCUUUUGAUGGUAUCUGCUACCCAAGUGUGUUUCGGAGUAUGUCAGUGUCUUCUGUGUCCCAAUAAAAUCCCAAACAUAUGUUUGGGUUUCUUGUUUUAUGCUUAAUUGUUAUUAGCUUGAUGGCUUUGUCCAUCUGAAUAACUCAUGUUAAAAUCCAAUUUGUGAUUCCUUAACAUUAUGAUCGUUCAAUAAAUGAGGUUAUGGUUA